AUGCCCCCAGUCUCCUGCGUCUCAUCACGAAGUACAGACCCGGGACCACCAUAUUCAGCGACAGCUGGAGAGCUUACUCUCAUAUCUCCAUUCUGCCCCUCGGAUACAGACACCUCCAGGUCAACCAUCAGUUGA